GGUUGACAUACGGCUACAAGCAUGAACUACCCCCUAACCCUGGACAUGGACCUUAUGAACUACAACCUGGAAGAUGUGAUGCCUGCCCCCCUCGAGCCCCUGAGGGCUGGAAGGAGAGCCUGCCCAGCUGGCCCCAUUCACAGCUCCUGACUCUUGGUUGGGACUGUCCAGACAGGGACCGGGAAGGAGAUGGAGCCUGCGUGUGCUCCCUAUGGCCAGAGCAACAACCUGCAUCUGUGUGCAGAGGCCUCCUACAGCCAGGAUGACUCAGGCCCCUGGAGUCCUGGGGUUCUGCCUGGAUGAGCCCCACACUCAGCAGCCCUGCCUUCUCCUGGGGGCUGAGCCGCAAGUACAGGGAGCUCGGCAACUACAGUGACAGCACCGAGAGCCCCGUGGUGGAAAAUCACCUCUGCUCCACGGUCGAGGGGCCCCUCCUGACCUCCUUCAAGGCCGUGUUCAUGCCGGUGGCCUACGGCUUCAUCUUCCUCCUGGGUAUGAUGGGCAACAUCCUGGUGCUGGUGAUCCUGGAGCGGCACCGACACACGCGCAGCUCCACCGAGACCUUCCUGUUCCACCUGGCCGUGGCCGACCUCCUGCUGGUCUUCAUCCUGCCUUUCGCCGUGGUCGAGGGCUCUGUGGGCUGGCUCCUGGGCACUUUUCUCUGCAAAACGGUGAUCGCUCUGCACAAGAUCAACUUCUACUGCAGCAGCCUGCUCCUGGCCUGCAUCGCCGUGGACCGCUACCUGGCCAUCGUGCACGCCGUCCACGCCUACCGCCACCGCCGCCUCCUCUCCAUCCACAUCACCUGUGCCACCAUCUGGCUGGCGGGCUGCUUCUUCGCCUUGCCGGAGAUCCUCUUCGCCAAAGUCAGCCAACCCCACCACAAUGACUCGCUGCCACGCUGUACCUUCUCCCAGGAGAACCAGGCCGAAACCAAGGCCUGGUUCACCUCCCGCUUCCUCUACCACGUCGGGGGGUUCCUGCUGCCGAUGCUGGUGAUGGGCUGGUGCUACGUCGGGGUGGUGCACAGGCUGUGCCAGGCCCAGCGGCGCCCGCAGAGGCAGAAGGCGGUCAGGGUGGCCAUCCUGGUGACGAGCGUCUUCUUUCUCUGUUGGUCACCCUACCACAUCGUCAUCUUCCUGGACACCCUGGCGAGGCUGAAGACCGUGGGCUACGGCUGCGAGCUGAACGGCUACCUCUCCGUGGCCAUCACCAUGAGUGAGUUCCUGGGCCUGGCCCACUGCUGUCUCAAUCCCAUGCUCUACACUUUCGCAGGCGUGAAGUUCCGGAGCGACCUGACGCGCCUUCUGACUAAGCUGGGCUGUGCUGGCCCUGCGUCCCUUUGCCAGUUAUUCCCUACUUGGCGCAAGAGCAGUCUCUCUGAGUCAGAGAACGCCACCUCCCUCACCACCUUCUAGGUCCCAGCCCCCUCUGUUUCUGCUUUCCUUGGGGGAUGCGGUGUUGCUGGAACCCCUUCCAGCAGGAGCUGCGAUCUUAAGAGCUCGCCUUGGCCGAUAUCCUCAUUCGGGGCAGCUAGAGCCGCGCCCUCUUUCCAGGACAUUCCUGCCUGCUCUUCUUCCAGCCCCCGGGGCUAAGCUGCAGUCCAGGCAAGGGAAGCAGCCCGGAGGCAAAGCAAAGGAUGCCUGUGCCCAUCUGUAUCCCCUUCUUUCAUCUUCACCGUUGGAAGCUCAAGAAACAACUUUUACUUCUGCCCCUGCCAAUUGGGAAAGUCAGUCCCCUCCCAUAAUGCACUCCGUCAUCCUAUGGACCACAGGCCUCCACAACUACCCCCCACCUGUCCUCUCACCCCUCCUGCCGAAAGAAGCUAGAGGCUGAGCACCAGGGGAGAGAUGGAGGUCAAGGCUGAGGGAAGGCCAGCUGGCAAAAGAAUGUGGCCUUAACAUCUCGGUCCCUAACAAACACAGACAUCCUGCCAGGCUACCAGCCCUGCAUCUUGAUCGAGCAGGAAACUCCGACUGACCCAAUCCAGGAAGCUGCUCCUGGCUCUGACCAAAGUGGAACCGGGCCAGCCCCGUGUCACCAGGCCCUGGGAGGUCUGCGGACUGAGGGCAGACUCCAGGCACCCUCAGAGAUCAGCCAGCGUCCUAGGGAAGAACUAAGGAAAGUUCUUCCAGCAGAGGAAAGCCACUGAAAGGAAAGAGAUUCUCCUUCCUCAGCCUCAAGGAGGGACAAGGAGAGACCAAAGCCAGCUGUCUCCUCUGCCCAGGGCGGAGAGGUCCCAGUAUGGGCCAGGGGCAGUCGGGUCUAGAGCUCUGGUAGGUCUGAGCACCGAUAAGGAAGGAGGCAGGCUGUUCCUUCCUGUCCCCCUCUCUGCAAGCCACACAACCAGGAGAAACUUGGGCAGCAGAGGGGUCCCAAUCAUACAGAGGGAGCACUUCGCCAAGAGUCAGAACAGAGAUGUAGACCCCCCAGAGAAGAAUGACAGACUGGAAAGGGCCUCUGGGGGUCAUCUCAUCCAGCCCCCUGCCUGCGGACCAGACCCAGAGCUUGCCACCUCUCUGGGCCUCAGCAAGAGCCACGAGGCAUCCCCUCAGGCCAGGCAGGGUGAGAAGCAGGGAAGUCCCCGAGCCCCAGGAAGCCGAGCCCUGCCCCUGAGAGGCUACUACUCAGAUGGAACCAGAGGAAGCCGCUCCGUGCCUGCCUGCCUGCCCACCUUCCCCAGGGAGGGCUCUCCUGCCCCGGUCCGCAGCCCCUGCUCUGGCUAGGGUGGGAGGUCCGGGACCCCUGCCCUUGCUGAGGGUACAUCUGGGGGGCCCAGUCCCCCUCAAGGGCAGCCAGCCAAGCCCCCUAGACGGCCGCCAUGGUGGAAAUCAGAGCUGUGACCUGGGCGGAGGAGGGGGAAACCAGUCUCUUCACCAUGGAACACUGGGAAGGCCCCGGGGUCCCCCUUUUUCCUCCCAGCAUCCAACAGUAAGCUGGGCAGCGGAGCAGCCAGACACGGAGGCAAAAAAGGCAAGAGGCUGGAUUUUUAAUUUUCUCUUUUUAAUAAAAAGGCACCUAUAAAACAGGUCAAUACAGUACAGGCAGCACAGAGACCCCCGGAACAAGCCUAAAAAUUGUUUCAAAAUAAAAACCAAGAAGAUGUCUU